AUGUGCGCCGGUAUUGGAUCUGCAAUUACAAUGACAUUAGGCGGAUCUCGCAUUGUUACUCAAAUGGUUAAAGACGGAUUACUUCCUAAAUUCAUAACCUUCAAGAUGAUCAACAAUGAAUCAGUUGGUGCCAACAUUAUUAUCGUAAUUAUUGGAUUCCUGUUUUCAUUUGUUAGGACACGUGAAAUGAUCCAAUCUCUUACCAAUGUUUUCUUCCUUAUUCCACUUGCUUUGGUCAAUCUCGCUCUUUAUUUGACAGAUUCACAACAUAAUCCAGGUUUCAGGCCGGUUUUCAAGUAUUUCAACAAAUGGUUCUCUUUCUUCAUGAUCAUUGUUUGCAUUGUCCGUGCAGCAUUAGUAAAUUGGAUGAUCUUUGUCGGUGUCAUCGGAUUAUUAGGAAUUUUGACAUUGGUUUAUUACAAAUGCGUUGCAAUCCAUGAUUCGUGGGGAAGCGUUCUUUCCAACCACAUCUUUUAUUCAACAAUGAAAGAAGCAUUGAAGCUGUAUAACGUUCCUCCACAUGUUAAAACAUAUCGAUCAAAUAUGAUUUUUGUAACAACGAAGAAACCAAAUGAUUGUUUGCAUGCGAUUGAUUUCAUCAACCAAUUACUUUCCGGACAUGGAAUGGCCGCUGUCGGAAGAGUUUAUAUUACAAAUGAAAAGCCAAACAUCAGGAAACUCAUCAAGGAAAGAGCGGAAUCUUUUCUUGCCGCUGAUGAUUCAUAUCAUGUUUUUUAUGAUAUAACAUGCGCACCGACAUUCCAUGAAGGAGUUAGAGAUUUCCUUUUAACAGCAGAAAUAGGAAUGAUGAGACCAAAUACAUUGUGUUUGGAAUUCCCAGAAGAAUGGAAAUCAAACACAAUUUGUGAUGAAUUCUUUAGAACUUUGGGAACUGCUUUCGACGCUAAUUUCUCUGUUUCUGUUUUGAGACAUUUGAAUAGAUUUUCUGAGGUAAAUAGAAAAGGAACAAUUGAUGUUUGGUGGCUUGCAGAUGAUGGUGGAUUGACUUUGUUGUUGCCUUAUUUGUUGAGUCGUGAAAAACAAUGGAAACACGCUCAAUUAAGAAUCAUGGCUUUGUGUUUCAUUGAUGAAGAUCAAGACUUCCAACAGACGCAAGAAAGAAUGGAACAUUUGUUGUAUAAAUUCAGAAUCAAAGCUGAAGUUAUUACAAUUGAAGUUUCUGUUAAAAAUGAACAACCUUCUCCACUUGUGAUGACGAAAUGGCAGAGUUUAGUUGGUAAUGAAGAAAUCAAUGAACAACAACAAAUGUUGACAAGCAGAUAUCUUUUGUUGUCUGAUUUGAUAAGGAAUUACUCUAUUUCAAGUAGUUUCGUUGUUCUUACAAUGAUUGUUCCAAGAGAAACAACAAAUCCAGCUAUUUAUUUGAGUUGGCUUGAUUUGUUAUCAUUCCUUGAUGUUCCUUUCUUGUUCGUAAGAGGAAAUGGAGAAAACACUCUCUCAUGGCAUAUUUAA